AGGUGCCAUACCGUGCUGCCAACAUGGGGGAACAGGACUUCACAGAGAGCCAACUACGAUCCUCAUAAUGUAGUCUGUCACAUUUGGGUUGAUUGAUAUUUUGACGCCUGCUGACAUUUGCAGCUUGAUACGUGAUCAGGAGCUUCUAGUUUUGUGUGCAGUGGGACUUCUAAACGCGCGUACCGGGAGUAUUUUCUGCUUCUGAAAUAUCACCCACACCGAUUUUUAAAACAAUGGCGAGGCGUAAAAGGCGCAACCUAUUGAAUUGUUGCGCUUAAACCCAGCUGGGGACUACACAGAACCAUCUCCGCGGCUUCUGCGAUACAACCCGGAACCUCACGGCAACAUGGGAAGCUCAAUCGAGAACCCGACCAGGGCUGUGGAAUAUUUGAAGGAGCUUAACAAGAUCAUCGAGACCCAGCAGGAGUUGUUGGAGAGGCAGAGGGAAAGGAUAGAUGAGCUGGAGCAGCAAGUGUCCGAGUUGUGCACGGAGAACGGCUGUCUGAAGGAGCAGUACCAGCGGCACCUGGCAACCUGCAGGCUGCUGCAAGGCAGCAACAGCCUGGUUACACUGGGAGCCAUAAAGGAACAUAUCACACAGGAAAAGUCUGAAUGUGACUCUUCCAGAAUGGUCAGGUAUGUCCAACUAGUCAGGAGACAUGCCUCCCUACCUGUCGAAGUCACAGAGAAUCCUGGGAGGGUGGUGUCUACGGGCUGCAGAAGAAUCGUCCCCUGCCGUAAAUGGAAGUCUGCUUCCUUUGGUGUGGAAGGGGAUGGACGGCCCAAUGAGAGUGGCUCUUCCCUGGAUGGUGGAGCCAGCUAUGGCCAGGGCCCGGUGACUCACGGCUCAGCCAUAAGCCCUGACAGAUUUGACAGCCCGCUUUACAGCCACGGCGUCCAGCCUGGUCCUCAAAGACCCCGUCGAGCCAAGCUCCAGCACUCGCAGUCCAUCCUCCGUAAGCAGGCUGAGGAGGAGGCCAUCAAGCGGUCCCGCUCACUCUCUGAGAGCUAUGAGCUCUCCGCUGACCUCCAGGACAAACAGGUGGAGAUGCUGGAGCGUAAAUAUGGAGGACGAUUCAUAACUCGGCAUGCAGCCCGCACCAUCCAGACAGCCUUCCGCCAGUAUCAGAUGAACAAGAACUUUGAACGUCUCAGGAGCUCUAUGUCUGAGAACCGCAUGUCCAGGCGCAUUGUUCUCUCCAACAUGAGGAUGCAGCUGUCAUUUGAGGGCCCUGAGAAAGUGCACAGCUCUUACUUUGAAGGGAGGCAGGUGUCCAUGACGGAGGAUGGCACCCCGCUGUCCAUGGUGCAGUCUGAAUGUGGAGAUAUAGACGUACACCAGCAGGCCAACAUGGCUUCUCACCCGGCCCCGCAGGGUGACCUGACGGAUGCCAUCACGGAGCUGGAGGACGCCUUUUCCAGACAGGUCAAAUCUCUGGCUGAGUCGAUAGAUGAUGCACUGAACUGUCGCAGCCUUCAGGGGGAUGAGGGUCCUGACCAAGAGGCCAUGGGCCGCACUAACAUGGAGAGGGAAGUUCCCUAUCAGGUGAAGCCCCACCGCAGGCCAGCUGGACGAAUGCAUGAUGAAACGUUGGCAUCCUACAGCGAUGUGACUCUAUUUAUCGAUGAGGAGGACAUGUCCCCAUCAAUUGCUCGGUCGAGGUCAGGGGACCAGCCUUCCAGCACAGAAUCUGACGUGCGGUUGCGGUCAGUCAACUCCUCCCAGGACUACUGGCCUAUUGACCCCAAAGAUGAGGGUCGUGACACGGACACGAGCUGCCGCAGCACUCCUUCCCUAGAGUGCCAAGAGCAGCGUCUUAGAAUGGACCAUCUUCCUUUGUUGACCAUUGAACCUCCCAGUGACAGCUCCGCAGAGCUCAGUGACCGGUCCGACCGUGGCUCUGUCAAACGGCCGCCUGUGUAUGAACCGCACGGCCACAUUGUAACGUCAUCCCAGGCGAGCCCUAAACACAUUACCCAUGGACCCCCACCACGAGCUUCCUCCCGUGAAGAUGACGCACCUCUCCGCCACCGCCACCGCCAGAUGGAAGGCCACUUAGCCAUCAACGGCUCAGCCAACAGACAGAGCAAGUCCGAAUCUGACUUCUCCGACGGAGACAACGACAGCAUCAAUAGCACAUCUAACUCUAAUGACACCAUCAACUGCAGCUCCGAGUCCUCGUCGCGAGACAGCCUACGAGAGCAGACGCUCAGCAAACAGACUUACCACAAAGAGACUCGCAACAGCUGGGACUCGCCCAUCUUCAGUAAUGAUGUUAUUCGCAAGAGACACUACCGCAUCGGUCUGAAUCUCUUCAACAAGAAGCCAGAAAAGGGGGUCCAGUACCUGACUGAGAGGGGAUUCAUCCCUGACACACCAGUUGGUGUUGCUCACUUCCUGCUGCAGAGGAAGGGGCUGAGUAGGCAGAUGAUUGGGGAAUUUCUCGGCAAUCGACAGAAACAGUUUAACAGAGAUGUCUUGGACUGUGUGGUAGAUGAAAUGGACUUCCAGAGCAUGGAGCUGGACGAGGCUCUAAGGAAAUUUCAGAACCACAUCCGUGUUCAGGGUGAGGCCCAGAAGGUGGAACGGCUCAUCGAAGCCUUCAGCCAGCGCUACUGCAUCUGUAACCCCACUGUGGUGCGGCAGUUCAGGAACCCUGACACCAUCUUCAUCCUCGCAUUCGCCAUCAUCCUCCUCAACACUGACAUGUACAGCCCCAAUGUCAAGCCCGAGAGGAAAAUGAAGAUGGAGGACUUUAUCAAGAAUUUAAGAGGUGUGGAUGACGGGGAGGAUAUCCCUCGGGAGACUCUGGUUGGCAUCUAUGAGAGAAUCCGCAAACGAGAGCUCAAGACCAACGAAGACCACGUCUCGCAGGUGCAGAAAGUGGAAAAGCUCAUUGUGGGAAAGAAACCAAUUGGAUCACUCCACCACGGCCUGGGAUGUGUGCUGUCACUGCCCCAUCGCCGGCUGGUGUGUUACUGCCGCCUGUUUGAAGUGCCGGAUCCCAACAAGCUCCAGAAGCUGGGCCUGCAUCAGCGGGAGAUCUUCCUGUUCAAUGACCUCCUAGUGGUAACCAAGAUUUUCCAGAAAAAGAAGAACUCUGUGACAUACAGCUUCAGACAGUCCUUCUCUCUAUAUGGGAUGCAAGUCAUGCUGUUUGAAAAUCAGUAUUACCCAAAUGGAAUCAGACUUACAUCAGCGAUACCAGGUGCGGACAUCAAAGUCCUCAUCAACUUCAACGCGCCCAACCCCCAAGACCGCAAGAAGUUCACAGACGACCUACGAGAGUCCAUUGCCGAGGUCCAGGAAAUGGAGAAAUACAGAAUAGAGUCUGAGCUAGAGAAGCAGAAGGGGGUGGUGAGGCCCAGCAUGUCGCAGAGCUCCGGUCUGAAGAAGGAAGCCGGCAACGGGAACAUGAACCGCGCAAGUCUGGAUGACACCUACGCCAUGGGUGAGGGCCUGAAGAGGAGCGCCCUCAGCAGCUCCCUGCGAGACCUCUCCGAUGCAGGCAAGCGGGGGCGUCGCAGCAGUGCAGGAUCACUAGACAGCAAUAUGGAAGGGUCCAUCAUUAGCAGUCCGCACACACGCCGGAGAGCCACCACGCCACAUGAGGGCGCACCCCGCGGCCAUCCUACCAUCCCUAACUCAGCAUCGACUUCCAUCCUUGGGUCGCUCUUUGGCAGCAAGCGAGGCAAACCGUCAUCCCAGAGCCACUCCCCUAACCCUGCACCUGGUCAACCCACUCUCAUAUCCCACAAGCCCCACCCCACCAACCUGCACCACACAGCACAGGUAGCACAUACAGUGCAACUCCACGGUCACCAUUCCCAGUACUGCCAAGUCCCACAGAACCCGCCGCCUUACCACCACCACCACCACUACCACCCCCCUCCCCACACGCAGUACCACCAGCACCCGGGCUACGCCUCACAUGCAAACCAACAUCCCCAGUCACAGCACAGCCAUUACAGCCAGCAUUCCCAUCACGCCUCGCACACCCAGCAUGCUCCUCUCCACCACAGUCAGCAAGCGGGUUCGGCACCUGGCGGACCCAAACCUAAACACAGUGGCAUCAGCACCGUAGUGUGAUGCUCCUCACGCAGAGAGGAGAAGCGAGGAGGGAACUUAAUGAAGGAGGGACAAUUGCUUACACCAAAGGGACUGACAGCAUAGCUCUAUGGCCUGUCCACUGUGUUUUACUGCUGCUGUGAUGGAAAGCAAUCACACGCAGUCACCUUUUUCACCUCCAGGUCCAACUAAUAUGCAGGAUAGAAAUCGGACUCAAACGUUCCACCAGGGGCCUUUACAAGUUUGCCUGAUCACGGGCUUGGCCCCGUCAGGGUUUUUCUGGGGGGAGGGAUGUAAAUGCUCUAUGUUUUCCACACACACAAACACACACACACACACACACACAAACACACAUGCCCGGCUGCCGAGAAAAUGUGUUCUCUCACCAAGCCGCUCCCCACUGCUUCAUUCUUUCAAUAGCCUGUCUUACCUUCACAUAAUCAGGAGGGAAGGCGACCGGAGACGUGAACAUGGCUGACUGUUUUUCUCUGUCGAAAAGAUGGCAUCAUUUCUUGUGCACAGCCCUGUCGGAAGUCAACUUUCAACUCUUUGGUUUUCAGAUCCUACCAUCAUAUGAAUGCAAUUUGUCGUUGCCUCCUGUAGAGCUCAUGUAGUGAAGAACCUAGAUAUAAUCCUUUCACACUAACUUAAAUCAAAGGACAGGUAAACAACUGAGUCGACCGUCUCAGUCAUUGUAGUUCUAGUGCUGUAUUUACUGUAGAUGACAGCUAUAUGUGUUGUCUCCUAGCUCUCAUAAAUAAAUGUGCCAAUUAUUAAUGCAUAAUCUAUUUAGUCAAGACUUCAUGUGCAGUAUAUUGUGCGUAAAGUAAUUUGUAAGAUUAUACUUACAAUUAUUAUUAUCAGCAAAAAUGAAUUUUAUCAGUAUUAUACUGACUCUGUGGUAACAGGAUGUAGAUCUGAAAGGAGUGAACUCCCAUUCAGUCCGGCCUAUAAUCUAUCUGGAAUUCUUGCCUUUGAAAUGGAUCAGAAGGAGCCUCUUAAUGGCAGCUGUUGCAUAUGGGCUUCAAAACGCUGUGCUGUCACAGCUGAAGCCUCAAAGCAGACUUUUCCUGUCAACUCACAAAUGAUAAACUGGGCUGGUUGGUUGUUUUAAUCUCAGUUUACUCCUCAUACUGUGGCUGCUCAAAACUGUAAAAAGUAAUGAAGAUUAAGAGCGAAAAGACAUUUUAAAUACACGAGGAGGCUCAGUUCAAGUGUUACAAAAAGGACCGGCAGAUCGCGUUGAACAUGUAAAAGUCUGUUGCCUUUUUUUAAAAUAUGCGACAGCUGCUCUCUUGACUCAAAUCAAAAACAGAAACACUUUUUGAAAUCUUCUUUUGCCUUGUUUAGUAUAUUUUUUUUAUUCGCCAACGUUUGGUGAGUGAAUAAAAUCAGUUCCUACAUAGUGAAGUAUUUUUUUCAUCUUUUUUCUAUCAUAUGUGCAAUAUCUUUUUACUGAUUUUGUACAUUAACAACAAGAAAGGUUUCCCUCCAAUUUGUGCGUUUUCUUUUUUUUUUUUUUUUUUUUUUUUUUCAUGUUGCGUCAUUAUUUAUUUAUAUUUGUUUUUGACCCCUGUCAGAGUCUUUCUCAGUAAAUUAAUGUGUGGCUGUCCUCGUGGUCUUAUGAGAGGUACAGACUUUGGAGUUCAGUGGAAUGUCUAGUAAGUGAUUUUUGCAUGUAAUGUUAUUAAUGUGAGGCUAUCCUCUGCACAUUGUAUAACAAAUCAGUGUUACCAUAGCAAGUUUAAGUGCAAUCAUGUUCAGAAAAUGCAGACUUGUACUAAGAGUGGAAGUCUGUUAUCUUGUUGUCCAGGACAAGAUUCAGGUGAAAAAAAUAUAUAUCUUUUUUCAUUUAAGAAUAUAUAAAUACUUACUUACACAGUUCACAGUGGAAAGAGGAAUGUGUGUAUAUAUUUUAAUAAAAGGAAUAUGCUUCUCUUUGGGCUGAACAGAAAUAUUUUGCUGGAUAAGCACAUAUGAAAGAACACUUUCAUUUCUUUCAGGAAAUGCAGUUAUGAUAUACAAAAUGCAAACUGAACAAAGGAACUGGGUAUAUGUAAAGAAUAACUUUCUACAUUCUACAAAUAAGAGUCUAUUCUAGUGUGUAAAUUAGUGACAGUAAACAGUUUGUCCCAAUAUUCAGGUUGUAAAUGUAUUUUAACAUUCACAAAGAAAACCAUUGCCAUAAGUCAGGCUUAUUCUCACACAUUUCUCCUCAUGUGAAUUAACAAGUUCAGAUGACAGACAUAUCGCUUAUGGGACAUUAAUGAUCAGUUGAAUGUGUCUUUCCAUUGAUUUCAUAUUUUUUUGCUAUUCUGAAAUCUUGGGAUGAUGUAAAAAAACAAAAAACAACCAACCGAGGAAUCUGUUUUAUUUUUGGUGUGUGUUGUAGUGCUUUAAAUGUCAUUCUUUGUGAGAAAGUACCCCAACAAUGCACUGCAUGGAUCAUCAUGUGUCCUAUUCACUGUGAGCUGAUAGGGAGGGGGGGGGGGAGGGGGGAGAACUCAGCCUAUACAUUUUGGUUUUGAUUUGGAAUUUCUUGAUGCUGACGUGUUCUUGUUGCUCCAUGUUAGGCUGGUAGUUAUCGAAGCUCAGCAUGCAUUUCAUCAACAAAGCCAUUGUGUAAAUUACAAACAAAGAACAUUGCACUUCUGUCGCUGAGGGCUUUCAUCGUGUAAAUAUGGGAUUCUGGUGUGCAAACAGAUGAACUGCUUGUAAGGAUGGUUUAUCUUGAAUGAAGCUGUAAAGGGACCAAGAUGGGGAAUAAAUGAGCUGUAUAUAAUGUGUAUAUGAUCAGUACUCUAGUCUGAUAUCUGCAGUUAAGAUCCAGAUGUAUACACGUCGCCUCAUAGAUGGAUUAGAGGGGUGAUAUAUCAACAUAUCGAUUGUUUCUGCCUCCAGCUGUUGUGAACUGACAUUUGCUGUAGAAAUCAAAAACAGACUGUUAGAAAGUUUGCUUCCAUUAACAUCCAGCUCUCUUUUCAUACAUGCAACCCCCCCCCCCCCCACACACACACCUACACACAGACAAAAAUACACACAUCCUGCUGCAAGCUGUUCAGUCUGACGUGAGACGCAUUAAAAAAAAAUAAAAAAAAGACAAGAAUGGCCUCAUUUAUAUGUGCAUUCUGUUUGUACAGUGAGUAGUGAGUCAGUAAGACCCCAGUUAUUGUAAAACUUCAACUGUGACAAUGUUGAGAACGCAAAAUAAACGAAUAUGACUUAUGGUA